CAGACAGAGAAAGCAAGUGCUGCCGUGCCUGUCUGGGGCUAAAGUGACUCCAGCACGCAUCAGCUGUAAUAGAAAAAAUGAAACACAGGGAGCAGAGUGGGUGGAGACCAGAGAAACCGCUGGCACCAGGGGUGCUACUGCAGGAUAGAUGACAAGUGGAAAGCUUAGCCAAGAAUCAGGUGAAAAACUUAAGACUGUGUGAGCUUGUUCCUUCUUCGUCAGAGCAAGUGAAAGGAGCGGGGUGCCCAGCAGAGCGGGAAGGUGCUUUAGAAAUCCCAGCAGGACAGGGCUGAGCCAGGGCUGACAGAAGUGCUCAUGCUGUGGGGGCUGUGUGGCAGAGGUCAGCUGUCACCAGCCUGUCCCAGAUCAUCCUCUCAGCCCAAGCUGCUGAGCUGGGACGUGCUGGUCUGUUGUGCAAUGGGGAGCAAGGCUGGUGGGUAAGUGCAGCAGUCGCAGCCUCUUUCCACUGCAAGAUCAUGCAGGUUUUGCUUACUGAUCCCUCAACUGAGUGUUUCAGGGUUGAAAGAAACACAUUUUUAUGGGUCUUGUGCCAAAACUUGGGGCCGUGUUUGUGACAGCAAUUUCCCUUCCUCUGUCUGGUGCCAGGAGCAUUUUUGUUGUCCUAAUCCUGAGGCUCAGAGAUUUCAAUUGUAGUGGAGCCUGAGCUGCUUUUCAGCCUAGGAGUGGCUUUGUGCCCCAGGGCUCUGUAGUUAGUUAGAUCAGUUCAUGGAAAUCAGUGUGAUGUUUUACGUGCUGAGGUAGGGUUGUGUUCCAGGGUAAGGCAUCAAAGAUCCCUUUUUACUUGCAAAUCCAAAGGAUUAUUUACUCUCCUGCAGUUCAGAGGAACUUUUACUGCGUGCUUGCACCUCCAGUGUCCCGUUCUGUGUUCUGUGGGAGUGGAGGGGCCAAAGGCCGAUGUGAUGCGCAGGUGGCACGGGGCAGUGGUGCAGGAGCCACCUCUCAUGUUGGGGAUCCGCUCGGGCACUGUGUGGAGGGCGAGAUGGUUCCUUCACUUCGUCCCCUGUAAAUCUGCGCCACAGGGCUUUGAGGGAUGAGCUGGGAGGUAGCAACCAUUUCCCUGCUCUGGGCUGUGACAGCUGAUGGUGCAGGGGCAGCUGCAUUAGCGCUUGUGUGCUUAACGAAGGACUCGUGCCAAAAGCAGCAUCUGUUGUGGGGGUACAAAGCUGAUACAAAUCCCGCGUGUCUGCACCUUGCUGUGCCUGGCAAGGGAGGUCUUUCAGGGUUAAAUCAAGGCAAGUUCACACCCUCUUUUCAACUUGCUAUGGUGGCUGCUCUCCUCGGAAACAGGGUAGCGUGUGGCAAACGCAAACAGCUAAUAAGAACAGAAUAAGGAAAAAGAUAAGUGCAGAGCUGGAAAUAGUUCCUUACGUAAAGGGCUAGUGCUUCAAUCUCAUUAUUGUCUUAAGGAGCGGACACUUAGCUGCCUCCAACUCUUACGAUGCAAACGGCAAUCUGAUAAGCAAUCGGCUUUGGGAACCUGGCAGGUGCCACGUGGCUCCAUGGCACGGCCAGUGCCCCCCGGGCAGCAGCUCCCCGCUGCUCCUCUGAGCUCGCAGCACUUGUCCCAGCCAGCGUACGCCUGGUGGGAGCGUUCCCAUGGAGCCAGAGCUGCUGUCCCACGGCCCGUAACGGGAAUCGCUGCUCCGGAGAGUCAGGCACAAUGAGGCAGCUGGGGAUGAGGCGCGCGAGUCUCUCUGCCAGCCUGAAGAUAGGGGAUCGCCGGGGCCGCUGCCGGACACCGGAGGAAGAGGAACUCUACAUCCCGUUUGCACAGGACAGCCUGGUAAAGCAAUGGAGCUCCAUGCACAACGUGACAGACAGAAACCAGGAGAAAAGCAAGGCUCCCAUCCAAAGGAACAAGUACUUGCUCAACAUUAAUGUGGGUGGCAAAUUGUUCCAGAUAGCUUACAAGGUAGUGGCCCGGUAUCCCAUCACCAGGCUCGGGAAGCUGGCCCUUUACACAGACCCUAUGAAGAGGCUGCAGCUCUGCGAUGAUUACUCAGUGCAGAAGAAUGAGUACUUCUUUGACAGAGAUCCUUCAAUUUUCCACUACAUCUUCCACUUCUACCGCAGUGGGGUCCUGUGGAUAAUGGAUGAGAUGUGCCCCAGUAACUUUGUGGAGGAAAUAGAGUACUGGGGAAUUCAUCUGAAAUAUUCCCAACGCUGUUGCCGGAUCCUGUUUGGGGAAAAGCAAGAUGAACUCAGUGAGUAUCUGAAAAUACAGAAGGAGCUGGAGGCAGAACUGGAGCCCUUGGACUCAGCAGAGCAGUUUGAGGGCAAAUUUCUGGGACGGUUUCGGAAGAUGAUCUGGAACCUCAUUGAGAACCCAUACUCUUCUGUCCCAGCCAAGAUCAUUGCCGUCAUGUCGAGCUUCUUUGUGCUUAUCUCCAUUGUGGGCAUGACAUUGAGCACAGUGGAGGAGAUGAAGCACAAGACAUGGAAGAUGUGGAUGGAGCAGCUGGAGGUGAUCUGUGCCAUCUUCUUCACCUCUGAAUACCUCAUGCGGCUCAUCUCCUCCUCCAGCUUCAAGAACUUUCUGCGGGCAGCAUUUAAUGCUGUCGACCUCGUGGCCAUCCUGCCCUUCUACGUCCAGAUCCUCUUUGAAAAUCUAGACGAAGGGGACGCACUUUACCAUGAGGAACUGCACAAGGUGGAGAAUGUGAGCAAGCUGGGCAAAGUCCUCAAGCUCAUCAAGCUCAUGAGGAUCUUCCGCAUCCUCAAGCUGGCGCGCCACUCCACCGGCCUCCGGGCCUUUGGCUUCACCAUGCGCCAGUGCUACCAGCAGGUUUGCUGCCUCUUCCUCUUCAUCGCCAUGGGGGUCUUCACCUUCUCUGCUCUCAUGCACUCGGUGGAACAUGAUGUCCCAGGCACCAACUUCACCAGUAUCCCCUAUGCAUGGUGGUGGGCAGCGGUCAGCCUCUCCACUGUGGGCUACGGAGACACUGUGCCCGACACAGUGCUCGGCAGGAUGGUGGCGUUUGCUUGCAUCUCCUUUGGCAUCAUCCUCAACGGCAUGCCCAUCUCCAUCCUCUACAACAAGUUUUCUGACUACUACGCCAAGCUGAAGGCCCAUGAGAACGAGACCAGCCACUCGCUCAAGCUCUCCAGGAGGAUCCGCUUGAAGGAGCGAGUCCUGCGGAAGCUGUCGGAGUGCUGCAGAGCCGACCCCCGCUGUCACCACUGACCAGCGGCCCUUCACCCCUGGACGCGCAUCCUGCCCUCCAGCCUGGCCGUCCCUCCAGUAGGUCCCGUCCCCGGGGGAGGCUCCACGACUUGGGCAGCGAGCAGCAAGUCACAGCAGCGUCUGGGGCAGGGGGGGGGCUGCUGUUGUGCAGGGGCCACUGCCAGCUCGGGCUGUUUGGAGGGAUGAAACGUGACCAUGUUGUGACCUUCCUCGAUAUCGUGUGCUGUAACCUGCUGUCCCGCAGAGCCGUCAGCUAAAGAGCACGCUGUACGGCAAGGCAGGAUAACUGUCUGUCGUGGCCUGGGGCACCCCGAGGGCACGGGGUGCAUGGGCCUGAGCUCUGUCACCUUUCUGAGGCUGGGAGAAGUGGACACCUGUGAUGAGAUGAAGCUCUGCUCCCAGGUUGAGUGGGACACACGGGGUCCCCCCGCCAGGCAGUGGCCCAGGACCCUGUGCCUCCUUCCCAGCUGAGCAGACAUUCAGCCCAGGCUGAGGCCAUUGCGGGGAUUUGGGUGAAAGCUGCAGAAAAGACUACAGCCGUGAGUCCUUCCAGCCAAGCCCGCUUCCCUGGGAGCCUGGGGGCACGGUCCUGGCUCGGGAUGCUGCUGCGAUGGGAACCGUGGGCACCCUGGGGGUGCAGAGCAGGCAGCCAGGAACAGGCUUUUAAUA